UUUAUGACAACAUUUUACUAUUAGUGAUAUUUGUAAAAUGUAAUAUAAAAAUAAUGAUAUUUUAACGUGAAGAUAAAACACUAUCGGACGAUACGAGCAUAUUCACACACACGAAUGCAUGUGUAUACAUAAAUGAGGAUGAUAUAAAAUCUUGCUUGCUAGAGAUUCUGCAGUAGCAACUGAGACGUAUAUCUGCGAUAAUUAUUAUUUGUUUUGUGGAAUAGAGAUAAGUCAGUUAGGAAAACGCGCAACUUCUUAGUUGGUGAAGUUCUCUUGAAGAAGUUGAUUCAUUACAGUGAAAGCAUACAACAUGACGUAUCAGGAAACUAAAUCUUCCUUUAAAAUCGAAAAUAACAUCUUGAUAAACGACGAGGAUGCAAUUGAAAGUGAAUGUACAAGUAUUGGGGAAUUAAUCCUGAACGCAUUUAAAGCGAAGUCGGAUUUUAUCGGACAGAUAGAUGCGCUGACGGGAAAACAAAAUACGUUCCAGCAAAUGAGAGAAAGGAGCGUAAAAUGCGCAUUAUGGCUAAGGAAGCAGAAUGUUAAGCCAGGCGACAUAAUUGUGACAUGUACGCAUAAUCAAUUGGAAUCUUACGUACCGUUCGUAGCUUCCAUGUAUAUCGAUGUUUGCAUAAAUCCGUGGAACGAACAUUCCAGCUCAGGCAGUAUAGAGCAUUUCUUCAAGAUCGUCAAGCCGAAAGUGAUCUUCGUCAAUGGCAACAAAGCCGCGACGAUCCUUGAGGUCGCAACGAAGCUGGGCGUUUCUCCGAAGAUCGUGGUUUUCGACGAGACUGAAGGUUUCGAAUCACUCGAGUCGAUUUUGAACGGACAUUUUGAUGAGGCCGAAGUCGACGGAUUCUCCUGUACGACGUUAAAGAAGAACAAUAUACGAGAGACCACGGUGGUAUUAUUUUCUUCCGGCACGACCGGCCUCCCUAAAGCCAUAGAGAUCCCUCAUACAUUGUUCACCAGUUUAUCAAGGAUGGAAGUGCCUCCCAUGUCACCUAGUGACGUUGGUCUGUGGUUCGGAUCCUUAAGUUGGAUCACCAGUGUAUUAUUGACCAUUCAUACUAUACUCUCGUACGCGACAGCGAUUAAGUGUUCUGGAUUUGACUGUGAGAAGGUGUACCAGAUGAUAGGGAAGUACAAGGUGACUUGGAUGUUAAUCGAGACCGGUAUGUGCAACCGAUUAGUGAAAUCUGGUGUCUUGACGAGAUACAAUAUUUCUUCCUUGAAGAUAAUCAUAUAUGGCGGUUCGGUAAACAAAGCUGAACUUCACGAGAAUCUCGUUAAAUCUCUGCCGGAUGUUCUUAUCAUGCCGAUUUACGGCAUGACUGAAACAGGAUCAAUUUCUUACUCAACAAGCACCGGAAAGUUCGGAUCCAGCGGUCGUAUAUGCAAGAACAACCGUUUAAUGAUCGCCGAUCUUAACACCGGGAAACCGUUAGGCCCCAAUAUGCAUGGUGAAAUCUGCACCAAGUCUCUGACUAUGAUGAACGGUUAUUACAGAGAUCCUGAAAAUACCAAGAACAUUUUCGAUAAGGAUGGAUGGUUCCACACUGGAGAUCUGGGCUACUAUGACGAGGACGGCUAUAUUUUCAUCGUUGAUAGGAUCAAGCAGCUCAUUAAAUGCAAAGGCCAUCAAGUUUCGCCAACGGAAAUUGAAAUACUGUUACAGAGUCAUCCGUCUGUAUACGAAAGCGCCGUAGUUCCUGUGCCUCAUCUUUUCGACGGACAGCAUCCGACUGCGUUCGUCCAGAAAAUGUCGGGGGCAGAAGUGACGGCAGAGGAGCUAGAACAAUUAGUGGCCAUGAACAUGGAGGAUUACAAAAAACUUCGUGGAGGUGUGGUGUUCCUAGAGAACAUACCGCAUGUUCCCAACGGAAAAAUCGACCGGAAGCAACUUCGUAACAUGGCGGAGAUUUUCAAGAAAAAAUAAAGUCGCCCAGAUCAGCCAUUCCACAUUCUAAUUAAUGUUGCAAUCACCAUUUAUAGUUCGCGGGUUAUAAGAUUGAAAAAGUAGAUAUGAUAGUAAUCAGGUGGUGCUGAAAUAUUGGGCGUGUGUGAAAGUUUUGAAGGGUUUCUCAAAUAUAUACUGACUAAUCUAGUUUUAUUGCACUAUUUGCAAAUAUGUAAGAAUAUAAUAUAUCAAAGAUAAUAGAAAAUAAUAAUAACGCGAUUAUAUAUGAAUAAAUCAGUCUUAUUAGUUGAUCUUACCUUUUAACAUAUAUAUAACACAGUGUCAAAGUAUUGUCAAAAUCAUAUUACUUACAACGGAUAUCUAUAAUGGGAAAUACGAUGAAUUGUCGAUGAUCCAUAAAAAUAUGCAUAAUUAAUAAAUAAUUAUUGCAUAUACUAGUAUAUAUUCCGUAAUUUACAAUGAAAUGCUUCUUACUGAAAAUAUGUGCUUGUCAAUAAAACAUGUUUUACCCAAGCACGUGCAUUGUACGUUUCAUAAUACUAUGUAUUUGGGAAUACUGUCCUGUAUCUAGAAUAAAAAUGUUAUUUCACACAUGUUAUCUCGUGUA